AUGGGGCGUGGGGCGCUUCGGGACCGGGGGAGUCCCCGGGAGCGGGCACAGGCUGCGGGGGUGCGGAGGCUGCGCAUGCCCCACACGGGUCCCUCCAACUCCAGCUGGCAACAGCUGGCAACAUCUGGAGGCCAUGCAGCCCUGGUGUCAGCGCCGGCGCCGGCGUCUACUGCAAGGCUGCAGCUGGGCCUGUGCCCCCCCCCCGUGCUCUGUGCCCGGCGGGUGUCCUUGGGAUCACCCACUGACCCCCCAGGUCCCCCGCUGACCCCCUCAGGUCCCCCGCUGAUCCCCCAGUUUUCAUACUCAGACCACAGUGAGGCUGGAGGCAGAGCAGGAAAAUGCCAAGGCUCAGGCUCUUUGGGAACAGCCCCUCCCUGGUUUGAGCAGCGUGUGGAGGCCUGCAGGCCUGCUGUGUGUUUGCAAAGUGGGGGUGCUGGUGUGCGGGGUGCGGCUUGGGCGCUUGCCUCCCGUCUACCCAUUUCACCCACAGAGGUCCCGGGGCCCGAGCCUGGCCAGCAGGAGCAGGUGACCUUUGGCAGUGGCGAUGCUGUGGAGCUGCGCUGCCGCUCACCGGGGGGUGGCCCCGUGGGCCCCACCGUCUGGGUCAAGGACGGCAUGGGUCUGGUGUCUUCCCCUCGGAUCCUGGUGGGGCCCCAGCGGCUGCGGGUGCUGAACGCCUCCCAGGAUGACGCUGGGGCCUACAGCUGCCGGCAGCGGCUCACGCAGCGAGUGCUGUGCCGCUUCAGCGUGCGCGUGACAGAUACUCCAUCCUCGGGCGAUGAUGAAGAUGGGGAAGACAUGGCCGAAGACACGGGGGCCCCUUACUGGACCCGGCCCGAGCGGAUGGAGAAGAAGCUGCUGGCCGUGCCUGCUGCCAACACAGUUCGUUUCCGCUGCCCGGCCGCUGGCAACCCCACACCGACCAUCUCCUGGCUGAAGAACGGCAAGGAGUUCCGUGGGGAGCACCGCAUAGGCGGCAUCAAGGUGGGCCUGGCGGGCGUGGCGGAGCGCUCCCCACACCGGCCCAUCCUGCAGGCGGGGCUGCCGGCGAACCAGACGGCGGUGCUGGGCAGCGACGUGGAGUUCCACUGCAAGGUGUACAGCGACGCCCAGCCGCACAUCCAGUGGCUGAAGCAUGUGGAGGUGAACGGCAGCAAGGUGGGCCCGGACGGCACGCCCUACGUCACCGUGCUCAAGUCCUGGAUCAGUGAGCAUGUGGAGGCCGAUGCGCGCCUCCGCCUGGCCAAUGUGUCGGAGCGGGACGGGGGCGAGUACCUCUGUCGGGCCACCAAUUUCAUAGGCGUGUCUGAGAAGGCCUUUUGGCUGCGCGUUCACGGGCCCCGCGCAGCAGAGGAGCUGGUGGAGGCGGACGAGGCUGGCAGCGUGUACGCAGGUAUCCUCAGCUACGGGGUGGGUUUCUUCCUCUUCAUCUUGCUGGUGGCCACCGUGACGCUCUGCCGCCUGCGCACCCCCCCGAAGAAAGGCCUGGGCUCCCCGGCCCUGCACAAGGUCGCCCGCUUCCCGCUCAAGCGACAGGUGUCCUUGGAGUCCAGCUCGUCCAUGAACUCGAACACGCCGCUGGUCCGCAUUGCCCGGCUGUCCUCAGGAGACGGCCCCGUGCUGGCCAACGUCUCUGAGCUGGAGCUGCCUGCUGACCCCAAGUGGGAGCUGUCCCGGGCCCAGCUGACCCUCGGCAAGCCCCUCGGGGAGGGCUGCUUCGGCCAGGUGGUCAUGGCGGAGGCCAUCGGCAUUGACAAGGACCGCGCUGCCAAGCCCGUCACGGUGGCUGUGAAGAUGCUGAAGGAUGACGCCACUGACAAGGACCUAUCGGACCUGGUGUCUGAGAUGGAGAUGAUGAAGAUGAUCGGCAAGCACAAGAACAUCAUCAACCUGCUGGGGGCCUGCACGCAGGGAGGGCCCCUGUACGUGCUGGUGGAGUACGCGGCCAAGGGCAACCUGCGGGAGUUCCUGCGGGCGCGGCGGCCCCCGGGCAUGGACUACUCGUUUGACGCCUGCCGGCUGCCCGAGGAGCAACUCACCUUCAAAGACCUGGUGUCCUGCGCCUACCAGGUGGCCCGGGGCAUGGAGUAUCUGGCCUCCCAGAAGUGUAUCCACAGGGACCUGGCCGCCCGGAACGUGCUGGUGACCGAGGACACCGUGAUGAAGAUCGCGGACUUUGGCCUGGCCCGCGAUGUGCACAAUCUUGACUACUACAAGAAGACCACCAACGGCCGGCUGCCUGUCAAGUGGAUGGCACCAGAGGCCCUAUUUGACCGUGUCUACACCCACCAGAGUGACGUCUGGUCCUUUGGGGUCCUGCUGUGGGAGAUCUUCACGCUGGGCGGCUCUCCGUACCCGGGGAUCCCCGUGGAGGAGCUGUUCAAGCUCCUGAAGGAGGGCCACCGCAUGGACAAGCCAGCCAACUGCACGCACGACCUGUACAUGAUCAUGCGGGAGUGCUGGCACGCCGCGCCCUCCCAGAGGCCCACCUUCAAGCAGCUGGUGGAGGACCUGGACCGCAUCCUCACCGUUACCUCCACCGACGAGUACCUGGACCUGUCGGUGCCCUUCGAGCAGUACUCACCAGGUGGCCAAGAUACCCCCAGCUCCAGCUCCUCGGGGGAUGACUCUGUCUUCACCCAUGACCUGCUGUCCCCAGCGCCACCCAGCAGCGGGGGCCCUCAGACCUGAAGGGCCGGCCCUGCAGGCCGAGCCCCCCACUGUGAGAUUGCUGCUGGUGUGAACGGGCCGCCGGCCCGAGCCUGGCACCGACAGGCAGGCCAGGCUGUGCCCCGUGCCUGCACACACGCGGGUUCCGGCGUUGGGUGCAGAUGCCCCCGGAGCCUCUGCUGCUGUCCAGUAGCCUCCUGACUGGCCAGAGCCAGGAGCCCCGGGGGCCCUAAUUCCAGGGGCACCAAACGUAGAAUGUGCCAUCCU